AAAGUGGUCAAUAUGAUUGGGGAGGCGUGCUGACCCCCCCUGGAAUUCAUACAGAUUCUGGCUCUAUGUGAGUGGAUUUUUCUAGAUAUGGCACACUGUGUAUGUAGGGUGCUGUGUUCGGUUCCUUCUCAGCACGACUCUCAGUGUAGCCUGGCGGACUCGCUCGAACAUCGACCAUUUUCUUUUUGGCCGGUGUCAGUUGGUCCUCUGUAUAUAUAUAUGUAGAUAUGUGGAUAUCUGUAGAUACACAAUCGUUCGAUUCGUAGGCUUGGUUGUUACUCCGACCACUGAAACAACCAUUUCUUUGACCAGUCUAUCGUGAUCUCUUUGGAAGAAAAUGUGGUUUGCCGAUCUGCGAUUAAAGGCGUUGAACAUGUGGUUUAUGAAAACCGUGGCGAAACUCUAUUACGGGGAAGAGUUCAAAUCUUGAGCAGGAGAUAUUCAUGAGCAUACCUCGUCGGAGACAUUACAGAUUUUCGGGCCAGUUUAUGUGAAGUGCGGUUGAGAUGUAGAACCUCAAACUCCUUACAACCAUUUGGCAUCAUAUCUCACGCUAAGAAGCCAAGAGAACGUGACAAUGAUACACGAGUCCUCAUAUCAAUCAUGUGCAAAAGGUGAAUUGAGCUCCUUAUAUGUUGAAUUCAAGACGGCAUUUACUGAACAAUAUCACUGGACCGAGCUUCAACCAGGAAGUCCAGAUCAUGGAAACCUCACAACAGACAAGCUUGCUAAACUGAAACAGAGGUGGGGCUCUUCUUUGGUUUCAGUGGCUUAUGGAUCUAUGCUGACCUUGGGCGAGAGGAUCGGAGAGGGAAGCCAGGCCGUGAUUUACGAAGCUUUGUUAGGAAACCGCCCUUGUGGGUUGAUAGCCAAAGUGUUCAAAGAGCCUCUCUUGGUUGUGCAAAGUCAGUGGCCUGCGAAUAUCUUCGAACUGGAAGGCGUCUGCAAGUACAUCACGCGUGUUUUUGGAGGAGCAUUAUUGAACGACGGAAGAUACGCUUUCUUGAUGCUAAAAUUCGAAGGCGACUUGCGCAAAGUCAUUAACGAGAACAUUGUGCGAAACAAUGGAGGAAAGCCUUUUAAUCUGGAUGAAGCACUUCAUUACAUGAUCAGAAUAGCCUCCGGAAUGAAGACUCUCCAUUCAAAAAAUAUCCUUCAUAGGGACCUCAAGGCUGCUAAUGUUCUGGUGUGGUCACAUCCAGACAAGCAUGCCUGUGCAGUUGAUGUGCGUGAUAAAUUUUAUUGCGCAGUGUCGGAUUUCGAGACAUCCAUUGGUGUGUUGGGAACAGCAUUCUGGCGACCCCCAGAAAUGUUGCAGGCUUUACAAGAUGGUCACCUUUCGGAAUUCGAAAUCACAACCAAGGUCGAUGUUUACGGUUUUGCUAUGACGUGCUAUGAGAUACUGACGGGACAAGUGCCGUUUAAAGAUAAUUUUGUAACAGACUAUAACUUAGUUAUCAAUGGGCAACGACCUGAGUUGCCAAAUGUCUGUGCUAAAUUGAGGGGACUUUUAGGCCGAUGUUGGCAUCAAGACCCAACCAAGAGACCUGAGUUCUCAGAGAUUGUGCACCUUGUAGGUGAGAUAAUGACAACGGAACUGAAUAUCCCAAAACAUAAGGUUGAGUGGAUUGCCAAGGCAAGACCAGAUUAUAUGUGAAAAAUUAUCACUUCAGGAA